AAGACCGUAAGGAGAGGCGCAUCGCCGUACUCUCAUCGACUUUGCCGACCGAAGAGAAAGGGAGAGAGAGUGGUGUGCUGUCCGUUGUGGUGGAGGAGAAGGAGGAGGUGAAUAAGAUUCUUGAGGGAGCAGCCCCCCGUUGCUCCCUUUGAUUUCUUUCCUCCUUUUACGGAGAGGAGCAAGCCUGGCUGACCCGGCGGAGGCGGCGUGAAAGUGCGUGUCGGUGUCCGCGGCUUUUUUUAUUUUUUUUAACUCGAUCUCCGGUGUGCGUUGCCGGCGUUGCGACGCGACAGCACGCAGCCUAGGCCUAACCAGCCAUGGGGGACGCCGAAGGGUCGUCCGAACAGGACGACGUGUCAUUCCUGCGAACGGAUGACAUGGUUUGUCUACAAUGCACGGCCACCGGAACCAGGGUAUGUCUUGCAGCGGAAGGAUUCGGCAACCGACACUGCUACCUCGAAAACAUCGCCGACAAGAACUUUCCCCCGGAGAUGCUCUCAUGCGUGCUGGUACUGGAGCAAGCGCUGUCGGUGCGGGCACUCCAGGAGAUGGUCACGGCGGCCAACUCGGACACGGGCAAAGGAACGCAGUCGGGCCACAGAACGCUGCUGUACGGGCACGCCGUGCUCUUGAGGCACCAGAAUAGCAACAUGUACCUGGCUUGCCUUUCGAGCAGCUCAUACAACGACAAACUUGCCUUCGAUGUCGGCUUGCAAGAUCACUGUCAAGGCGAGGCGUGCUGGUGGACCAUUCACCCGGCCUCCAAGCAGAGGUCCGAAGGAGAGAAGGUCCGCGUAGGAGACGACCUCAUCCUCGUCAGCGUAGCCACCGAGCGAUACCUGCACACGGCCAAAGAAGGCGAGGACACGAUCGUGAACGCCAGCUUUCAUCUCACUCAUUGGUCAGUGGCGCCAUUCGGGACGGGCACCAGCAGAACGAAGAACGUCGGUGAGUCACACAACUCUUCAUGUGCAUUUACUGCAUUCUAUGAAAUAUAA